AUGGAUUCGGAAACAGAGCCAGUAGAGCUGAAGUGGUCCGCUCAAUACGAACUCGCGCACGCAACCCGAAGCACGCUACCGGGCGACAAACUGCUCCUUCCACCGUCAGCGUUAGAGCAACUACUCGCCGCGGCGCCUGUCGUCAAUGUCGACGCGAACCGACCGCAUAUCACCGCCUUCGAUCCCUUCAACCCGUACACGUUCAACGCCGAACGCCACGCAAGACAACAGACGCAGGAUCGCUUCCAGCAGCUACCCCACCCACUUACCUUUCGACUUGUGAACCCGGACAAUGGCCGAGUUGUGCACGCAGGAAUACGCGAGUUCUCCGCAGAAGAGGGCGAGAUCGUGCUGAGCAGUUUCCUGAAAGAGGCAUUGGGAAUCAAGGCACAAUCCGCAGAACCCUCGAGGAACGCCAGUCCGAAUGGCCACGACGAAGGCGACGUGGCUAUGUCGAAUGGAGCAAGCCCGCUCGAGAGCAACGGCUUUGCAUCUACGAAAAUCACUGUGCAUGCCAAACAACUGCCCAAAGGCACCUUUGUAAAGCUACGGCCUCUCGAAGCUGGCUAUGACCCAGAAGACUGGAAAUCGCUACUUGAGGAGCAUCUGCGAUCCAACUUUACAACGUUAACAAACGGCGAGGUCUUGGUUGUAGACGGCGGUCGAGGGGCUGGUGGCAAGCGCGAACAGUUCCGUUUCCUUGUAGACGGUUUCAAGCCUGAAGGAGAUGGUAUCUGCGUGGUAGACACAGAUUUGGAGGUAGACAUCGAGGCCUUGAACGAAGAGCAGGCACGCGAAACAAUGAAGAGAAUAGCCGCAAAGAUGCACCGCGCACCCGGAACAUCACAAGGUAGUUCUACUGGCGGCACGGUUGAUAUAUUCAAUGCGCAACCUGGACAAGUACUCGAAGGAGAAUAUGUUGAUUUCGAGUUGUCAUCAUGGGACAGAUCCCAAGGACUGGAGAUACUCUUAGAUGAAGUCGACGAUGAGGAUGAGAUCGAUCUAUUCGUCAGCCCAUAUUCGUCACGGCAAAGAGCUCGCCCACGAGAAGACGAGCAUGUCUUCGCAGACUUGACAAGCCAGUUUCCGAAACGUAUACGCCUACGGCCUACAAACAUUGAACUCGACGAUGCAGAAGCUGUGUGGAUCUCAGUCCACGCAUACCCAUCCGGAUCACCCUCAAGCACACCCAAACCCUUCCGCUUGAAGGUGUCGAUUUAUGACCCCAAGACAGAAGCAGAAGAUAAGAUGGAAGAGGUCUCAGAGACGAAUGAGAUGACGAGACCGGACGAAGUAACUUGUCAAAAUUGCCGACAACGAGUACCCAAAGGCUCACUCUUUUUGCACGAGAACUUUUGUUUAAGAAACAACAUCCUUUGCCCCCAAGGUUGCGGCCAAGUUUUUCAGAAGCGCUCGCCAGCUUUUCAAAAUCAUUGGCAUUGUCCGCACGACACAUUCAGUGGUAAUACUCCAUUGAGCCGACAGAAACACGAUGCUCUCUACCAUACGCCGCAGGUGUGCUCAACGUGCGACAUGGAAUUCCCGUCGAUACCCAUGCUCUCACAUCACAAGACUACAGUUUGUCCUGGCAAACUGAUUCUUUGCCGCUUCUGUCACCUACAGGUUCCACAAGAAGGCGAUCCGAACGAUCAAUCUCCUGAACUUCUCCUCUCCGGUCUUACACCACACGAACUGGCAGAUGGCGGUCGAACAACGGAAUGUCACCUCUGUAACAAGAUUGUCCGCUUUAGAGACAUGGACACACAUCUGCGGCAUCACGACCUAGAACGCCUAUCCCGCCCACCACCACGCAUGUGCCGGAAUGUUAAUUGUGGCCGUACUCAAGAUGGCGCAAACAAGGCAGGCGACACGCGAGCUGGGACGCGCAAAGGCCAGGGUCCAGGCAACGAAAUUGGCCUGUGCAGUGUCUGUUUCGGACCUCUCUAUGUCUCUCUGCACGAUCCAGAAGGCAAAGCACUCCGUCGCCGCAUUGAGCGUCGUUACCUCUCUCAGCUACUUACCGGCUGUGGGAAAGCCUGGUGUAGGAACGAAUAUUGUCGCACUGGCCGUAAGAACCUAGGACAGGAAGACAAGUCUUUACCCACCAAAGACGCUAUACCGCUCGUGAAGCCGUUCUUGCAAGGCAUGGAUGGGAAGGGUUAUGACACCCCGCUGCACUUUUGCGUCGACGAGAGGACGCAGAAGUCUAGAACACUGGCUGAGAUGGUUGCCGCAGAAAAGGGCAUCGAGGGCAAGGGCGGAUACGGACUGGAGUGGUGUAUUGCUGCAAUGGAAGCUGAGGGUGGGGAUUUAGAUAAAGCAAGGAACUGGCUCAAGGGGUGGGCGCCCCAGAGAACGGAGGCUAGUGAGUGA